GCAGAGCGACGGCACUGGUGCGGGCGGGAGUCGCGUCCUGUAGCCAUAGGAUCACUGGUCGCCAACACGGCUCCGGACACGUGGCUCCCGCUCCCGCUCUCACACACCGCCACGGUUAACGCCGCUCACACUCACACACCGCCACGGCCAACAUGAGAGGGCAGAAGGAACCGCUCCGUGUGUUAGGUAUCUUUGGCACAUUGCUUGUCACUGUCAAUGCUUUUUACUCGGCGAGUGAUGUUGUAGAAUUAUCCCAAAAUGACUUCAACAACGAAGUUAUUCAAAGUGAUGAACUAUGGUUGGUGGAGUUUUAUGCACCAUGGUGUGGACAUUGUCAGAGUUUGGCCCCAGAGUGGAAGAAAGCUGCAUCAGCCUUGAAGGGAAUAGUAAAAAUUGGAGCGGUAGAUGCUGACAAACAUCAAUCUCUCGGUGGGCAGUAUGGUGUUCAGGGAUUUCCAACCAUAAAGAUCUUUGGAUUAAACAAGAAUAAACCCGAUGAUUAUAAUGGUGCAAGAUCUGCUCAAGGAAUCACUGACGCGGCUCUUAACUCUUUGCGGUCAAUUGUCCGGGAUAGACUUGGAGGCAAGAGCGGCUCAGGUUCUGGCAAAAAGAGCAGUGAUAGUAAAUCUGAUAAAAAGGCUGUGAUUGAGCUGACGGAUGAUACCUUUGACGCAAAUGUUAUCGGGAGCAGUGACAUUUGGAUGGUGGAGUUCUAUGCACCCUGGUGCGGACACUGUAAGAGGUUAGAACCAGAGUGGGCAGAGGCAGCCAUUGAGAUCAAUGAGCAGACAGGUGGGAAGGUGAAAUUGGCUGCAGUGGAUGCCACAGCUAAUCAGAUGUUGGCUGGUCGAUAUGGGGUUCGUGGCUACCCCUCCAUUAAGAUAUUUCACAAAGAUGAAGAUGCCCCAGUUGACUAUGAAGGUGGAAGAUCAAAAAGUGAUUUUGUUGCUCGUGCUCUUGAGAUGUUUGCUGAAAGUUCCCCAGCUCCAGAACUGCAAGAGAUUACUGAUGGGGAUGUACUAAAGAAGACAUGUGAUGAUCAUCAACUAUGUGUUGUUGCUGUAUUACCACAUAUCUUGGAUACUGGGGCUAAUGGGAGGAAUGAUUAUUUGAACAUUAUGAAGGCUAUGGCCAACAAAUACAAGAAGAAGUUCUGGGGUUGGCUGUGGACUGAGGGAGGUGCGCAGACAGAACUUGAAGAUUGUUUGGGUAUUGGUGGGUUUGGUUACCCAGCUAUGGCUGCAAUUAAUGCCAGAAAAAUGAAGUACGCUCUGCUGAAGGGCUCCUUUAGUGAACAGGGCAUCAACGAGUUUCUUAGGGAGCUGUCAUAUGGGAGAGGUUCGACUUCUCCUGUCAAAGGAGCUGCUUUCCCCAAUAUUAACAUGGUGGAUCCAUGGGAUGGCAAAGAUGGUCAGUUACCAAUAGAAGAAGACAUUGAUUUAAGUGAUGUAGAUCUUGAAGAUUAUAACAAAGAUGAGCUGUGAAUUAAUGGCAUUCCCAUUCAUUGGCAGACAGCAUGCUUUAUCUGAAGUAUUGGACUGAUCAUCUGUCUGCACCAAAGCCUUAUUUGAUCUUUCUGGCUUGCUGUAUUUCUACUGUAUCGUGUAAAUAAGUUUCACUGGGAUUUUUCUAUUAAAAAAAGAAAAUUGAAUGUUACGUUUCAAAAUUUUUACAUAAACUCAUUUAAUAGACCAGUCAAGUUGCCAUUUAUUGUACAUUGUUACACUUCACUGACUAUUUAAAUGGAUUAUUUGGUCUCUUUUGAGGGGUGGGAUGUGGUGUAAACCUGCAAAUGUAUUUUUAACAUUCUUGCAUGUAUUUGAACAAUUAUUAUUCCAAAGAAUGUGAUCUGUUCUACGUAGGACAAGUAAAAUCAUGGUGAUUUAGCCAUUAACUGGGAUUGAGCAUUUGGAACUUGGAUAGUUAUUACAUUUUGUUGAAGGUGGUGUGUAUGAAAUAAAUUGAUGCUUCUAAGAGCUGAAGCAAGUUUGAUAGUAAAGAAAGUAUGGUUAUUUAUUUUUUUACUAAACCUAUAUUCCAGAGACUCGUCUCUCCUUUGGAGUACAAAAACAUGUCCAAUGAUUUGCGUUGUCUCCAGUGCGUUGAGUCCUCUCUUGCUGAACUCCAAGUAAUUAUAUUCCAUGUACAGAUCAAUUAUUAUGGGGACAUGCCUCAGAAUUUGCUUUGUGAUGAUCAAUCAUUAAUUAGCACAAGUUUUGGAUCACUAUUUUCUGUUUUGAUUUUAAGAACUACGACUUCAUAGUAUCAGAUGAGCAUGUGUGUGUUGUGGGAAAGGUUUGGCUUGGGUUCAGUUAAAUGAUUGAAAUUUUUAUAAUGGUCUGCAUCCAAGUUAAAGGUUAAUAGAUUUUGUCGGAAGCAUUUUAAACACGUUAAUUAAUAACUGACUUUAUACCGAAGGCCAUGGAGGUUACUGUAGUACUUGAUACUUGCCUUAUCAUGACAGGAGGCUAACAUUCGGUUUCUUCUUUCCCUGUAACCUCUCUCGCUCGCUCUCUCUUCCAUCCUUUGCUUUAUUUUAUCCCUUGCUCAUACUAGGAGCAAUUUACAAAAACCAUUUAACUAACCACACAAAAUGCUGGGGUCACUCAGCACACAUCUUUAUGAUGACGUUACAGCACCUGGGGCGGAUGGUCAUGGGGAGACUGCAAGUUUAUAGCAUUCAAGAUUUCAAUUGAACUUAAGUCUUUGGAUUUGAAGUCUGUCUCACCCCAUCAUUGAUUACCGUUAUCCUCAACACCUGUGAAAUGCAGACAGCAUUUUUAUACUGUUAUUCAAUGCUAUUGUUCAAGUACAAACAACAUUACGGCUUACUUUCCAGCCAAUUUAAAUGCUAAAUAGAUUUCUAAUUUUAAGGAUAAUCUUGGGAGAUUUAGACAUUUAAGUCAGCAUUCAACAAGUUCAAGUGAACAUGACCCAUGUAUGGCUGUGUAGUAUUUUAAGUCCAGGGUCAUAUACCACAGAUACGGAGCAGAAGCCCCAUUUAUAACUCUGUUCAAUAAUUGUAAUGACAGCAGCAUGUAACUAAAUCAGUAGCAUAUUGCCAUGUAGAGAUAUGCAGGUCUUUACAUAGGCUUUUAAUGGGGUGCAAAUUGGCAUUGGUGCUAAUAAGAAUGAAGGAUUCUACAGCUUCCAACAAUUUAACUGAAUGCAGAUAUCUCUAAACCUGUUAUUUUCAUAAACAUGUUUUUUGAAGAAAAUUUUAAUGGAUUGAAAUUUUCCAUUUUCAUGUGCACAAACUAACACCAAUGUAUUAAUAACAUCACUGUCUCCUAGUGGGGAAGAAAAGUGUAUGCUUCAACUGCUCCCUUAAUAAAAUUAUUUUUUCGACCCAGU